AUGAAGGGACCUACUGCUCGUCUUUCAGCUUAUUCAUCCCUCAAUGGUCAAGAAUCCCAUCCGAAUUCAGCUUCCAGAUAUGGAUACGGAGCAAUAUACUCAACUCAGCCCAAAGAGGAAAAUGAAAACUUCUCUACAGAAUUCGAAGCUGAGGGAGUAGAAGACAACUUUGGAGACAAAACAUCCACUGUCAUCUCCGGGCUAUUUCAUGGCUUUCUCACCAUUGGAACUCUGCAAUCUGAUUGCACCAUCAGUGAGCCUAUAACACCAACAUUCACCAUGUCUCGGGAAAACAUUACUGAAGGAAAAACAGAGGGGACAGAAAAUGAUUUGAAGGUCAUCAAUGAUGAACUGGACAAGUUCCUUGAGGCUGAAGCUGAAGAACAUGGGUCCAUUGAAUCAUCACGAAGGAGCAGUUUGGUUAGCGCAAUUACACUUAGCGAUAAGCCAAUGCAAGAAGUCAAUGCUGAAGAAUAUGUGAAUGCAAUCGUAUGUCCACUUCAAGGAUAUCUGUUUGGAUCUUCAAUUGAACUUCCAGAAGCAAGAUUUGAGGUAAAGAAAGAAAAGGCAUCACUUGAAGAACUGUUCUACAGUGCAAAAACUGCCGAAGAGAGUCCUAUGGAAAAAUGUGGGAAAGAGGAAAUGCAUACCAAGCAAACCCCUUAAAUGUCUCAUCAAGAAGAUUCUGAAAAAGCUUCAUGCUUCUUCAGGUAGUUCUAUCUCUUCCACCAAAGAAACUAAUUCUGUUUCAACGAAGAAAAAACUCCAAAAGGUGAGUCUUAUCUCUUCUGGGCCUGGAUUCUCUAACAAUUUUAUAAGUAUUUUAAGGAAUAAGGACCUCAAGAAUGCAAAAUCCAACAGUGGUAUCCACCUUAUGGAAACACAUUCUGUUGCAUUGAGAUUGCUCCAAAAAAGUCUACAAUAGUUAAAGAGUACUAGAUGCAGUAGGUAUAAAAAUCAUGCAUGCCAACACCAUCAUUCUCAAGCCUUAGAACCAUUCUCUGAACAAGGAGUCAAACACUGGCAAGUCAGAUUAUUUGAGUCCGAGGGUCUAGAAGUCAACAACAUGACCUCUGUGAUAAUAAAAUAAUAAAAGAAAAGAAAAAACCAAGU